UCGUACGAUAAAGACGUUUGUGGGCCGCAUUGGCAUAUCGAGAAUAGAGACUUUUGAGAAAAGCCUGAAAAUCUUCUUAUUGCCAGUGGUGGACUAAAUUUUCGUCGUUGGGUCCUUAAAUAAUCGUUACGGUACAUUCUUACCCUUAUAGUUGUAAUCCAUGCGAUGGAGCGAACGUUUUCCAAGGAAAUUGAAUGAAAAACGAAAGAAAUUCUCCCGGAAAAUCGAAAAGUCCCUACACCUGUGCUUAAUAUGUGGUGGUCGUUGUCGUCGGAUACAAUUACAAUCGCGUGUCGGUGGUUACCUGUAUAUAAAGUGUAACGGUACGAUAAGCCCCUUGAAGUUAUGUAGAUAAGACGGAAAAAUGAGUUUAGAGCAGAAGUUCAGUUGCUUUCUCAAUCUUACGGCAGUUUUGUCUGCGGACUAUUUGCUUGAGAAGUUCCUCCGAACGAACUGUUGUGGAUGAGUUGUGAUACGUUCGACCUUCUACGAUUAUUUAAUUGAAUUGUGUUACUAAAUACAACGUCAGGUCGUCCUGGCCAGCGGAAGGAAGUGUGCAGGCCACUUAUCCUCCUAAUGACCAUGAAAAUAAAGGAAAACCAGCGGCGAACCAUCAGUCUCGAAGCUCGCCUCGAUCGAUUGGUGAGACCUUAAUAAAUAAAGUUCGGAGAAAUUAAAAAUUUAACGAACACUUAAGGUGAAAUGAUACAUUCCUAACAAACAUAACGGUAUUCGUGGAAGAAACUCGAGAAAAGAGCUCACGAGUCCUUUGAGUUUAGUUGAAUGUUUUCAAGGCGGGGAUUUUCGAUUCCUCCUUGGAAACGUGUGUGUCAAAGAAGUGAACAAGCCAGAAGUAAAGAAAGGGCAAAGGAGGAAACAAAAUUCGGUGUCUGUAUGUAUGUUCGUGAAAAUUUGGAAACCUCCUAUGGUGAAUACUGGCCAGGGUUAAAAUGUUUCAGUGAGUGUGGUGAAAAUCGUGAACUGAGAUUCUUCGAAAAUUGAACGGAAGGCAGGAUUCCAGGAGAGAUAAGGAGCAUUUGAAAAAGUGUGUAUCUAAGUAUUCUGGCACUGCACAUUUUACUAUGUUUAUUCAAUUUCCUAGAGCAAUACAAUCAGUUGGCAGACGCAUAAACUUUAAUGUGCAAGAAAUAAAUUGGUUCUAUCUGUACGGACCCGAAAAGUUAGUGUGAAUUAUAAAAUAAAAAAUGUUUAAAGGUGAAUUAUCUGAAAACUAAAUGAAUAAAUCAGUAGAUAUCGCAUCUAAAAAACAAAUUCUCUGCAAUUCAUAUAAAAUAUUGAGUUAUGUGCUUAGUAACCGGUUCAAAAUGUGUUUACUAUCAGCAAUUAUACUGCGGUAAUAAUACAGUUAAAACAUGUUUGGUCGUUAUUGCCACUAAAAAUCUUGGUAAUUCGUUAAGAAGUGCUUGUAGUGAAAAGUGUUUAGGAAUUAAUCGAAUUAAUUUAUGGAAGUGGAAUAAUAAUAAUUGUGACUUAUCGUAAUGGACAGAUACUUCCAUACAUCCAAUAACUUUGGAUAACGCUUGGAGAAAAGGUGUUUGGUAAUGCGCUUAGGGGGCGCCCAAAGUGGCGGCGGAGACCCCCUAACAAUGAGCGCAGCCGGCAACGAUUAUGCGGAACUAUGCGACCUAGGUCCAUCUCGAUGGAGUUCACGUGGCUAUCAUCCCCCGCACAGUUCCUUAGUGGGAGGCGGUGGAGGAGGCGGCGGUAUUCCACCCGGUGCCGGUGGCGGUGGAGGAAGUCACUUGCGCUCCAACAGUUUCGAGGCCGAAGACAUUGUCGUUCCCGGUGUUGGCGGUGCAGGUUCAGCGUCGGGUGUAAUGAUGGUCGGCGGAUCAGGCUCCGGUGUAAGCGGUGCUGGUGGCGGAAAUCCGUACGGAAUAAGUGCGCGAAUCGGAAACAGUACGAGCUCAUUGCGCGGUCGUUCCGGACUAUACUAUUCGCCACCCGGGACCUCGUAUACGAUCGUAGAACGUCCUCAUUCUCCACACUAUUAUUACAAUACGGCCGGGGUUGCAUCAAAGGGUGGAUCAUUGCCCAGUCGCGGAACGUAUUUAAGUUCGUCGUCAUCGAGUCAUAUACCGGGUGCUUUGGGUGUCGCGUCGAGUGCGGGAGCGGGAAGUGGAGUAGCUGUACCGAAUUCAUCACGUCACAACGGCAAAAAGCGACCCAUCUCCCCCGAACAGGUGCUAAGGAUGUUCGGUUCAACAACAUCAGCCUCAGUUCCUACAAGUUACCAUUAUAGUAACGGGACACGAGAUCGAGGUCGACGUAGUCCAGCUAGUAGUCCGCCAUCAACGACACACCAAAUUUAUCGGGAACGGGAGCGGGACCGAGAUCGUAGUAUACCAAAUAUUCACGAACUAUCAACAAGGACGGUAACCAUGUCCCGAGAUCAACAACCCGAUGGUAGUCACGGCUUUGGAAUUUGCGUCAAGGGUGGUAAAGACUCAGGUGUAGGUGUAUAUAUUUCAAGGAUAGAAGAAGGUUCUGUUGCUGAACGAGCAGGAUUAAGGCCGGGUGAUACAAUCCUAGAAGUGAACGGUACACCAUUCACUUCAAUUAGUCACGACGAAGCACUUAAGAGAUGUGUGCAGAUAUUGAAAUCGUCACGUCAAAUCAGUAUGACGGUUCGUGCGCCACCCAUACUAAAUUCAACGGCACCCCUGCAUGGAUUCGGACCACCCUCACGUGAUCCAACGUAUGCAUCCACGGUACCAUUAAUUCCACCACCACAAUCAUCAGCACUUUCGUCAUCAUCACAACAAAUGUUGGGUGGAGGCGGACCGCUAUCACCACCAUUUCGUCAAACAUGUUCCUGGAUGGAUAGACAGGGUCGACCGGCAUCACCCCCAAUGGAGUAUGGUGGACGGCGUAGUGAUCGUAGGGAUAGGAUAAGACGUGUAGAACUCCUCAUAGAACCAGGCCAAUCGUUAGGCCUUAUGAUUCGCGGAGGAGUUGAAUAUGGCCUAGGAAUCUUUAUAACUGGUGUCGAUAAAGAUAGCGUAGCGGAUCGUGCUGGUCUUAUGGUUGGCGAUGAAAUUCUCGAAGUGAAUGGCCAAUCAUUUUUAGAUGUAACACACGAUGAAGCUGUUAGCCAAUUAAAAUAUCAUAAGCGAAUGUCGUUAGUUGUUCGUGAUGUGGGCAAAGUCCCACAUUCGUGUACGUCUAUAGAACCUGAACCGUGGGAUGCGUAUAGUCCGACGGGUACAAGUAGAUCGAGGAGAAAAUGCCCGGUAUCAGCGAUGGUUGAAGAGAAAGCACGUUCCUUACUGCCUAGACACCAAUUUGCCAGCCUUUCGUAUUAUAUAAGUGAAUAUGGAGCGAAAGCAAUGACCAUAGAUGCCUUUGUUGCCGUCUUAUUAGAAAUGUUAGACACACCCGAAAAACAUACACUAGUGACUGAAAUUCGCGAAUUAGUAUUUCCGGAGGAUCGAACGAGAUAUGAUGAAUUAGUGUAUAGGAGAGAUAGAGACGCUUAUUCAAUUGAACGGCAUAGGAGAAAAGGAGAUUCGAUGCAUGGACAUGAAAUGCCGGUAUCGGAUGUUGAUUUGGAAGUGAUAGAGGCAACAGGACGUAGUCCAUCAUCAGACUCAGGUCUAGGAUUAACUGUUCCAGCGGAUAUUAGAAAUCGACCUGCAUGUCCCCUACCUUAUCGACCACUUUCCGCUGGACCUAUUUUACAUCGCCAUUAUCAUCAUCACUCAUCAUUACGCCAAUUGGGAGGAUCUCAAAGUCGUUUGACACCCACAAAAACGGUUGGAACCAAUACGCCGACACGAUUCAACCCUUUAAAUCAAUCAACCAGUUCUGCCCCCGCCGGUAGUAAGACAGAGGAGACGACGGACGCUGGGAACGCUCAAGGUGAUACGGGUGGGGGCAGUGCAGAUGGUGGUGGGGGUAGUACUGUUAAUAAUAUUGAGAAAAAGGAUUAUAACUGUGAUGAACCAAGAUCGAGGAGAGGAAGUGAAACUCAAAUACCAAGGACGGAGUAUGAACAGGACUCGGACCAGGGUGGCUAUCUAGAUGGACUACGUUCACAUUUGGGUGGUUUAACACAGCGUGUGAAAUCAUGGUAUUGGGGACGACCUCUUGAAUUAGCAACGAAACUAUCUAGGAGCUUUGAUAUGAAGGAAGAGGGUGGAACGUUACUUGGUGAUAAAGGAGUCAGAAGGCAUCAGUCAAUGCAACGUUUAUCAGCUGAACAGAAUGGUUCAACGACUGACCAAACACAAGAACACAAUCCAAACGUCGUACCUGAUCAUAGAGGAAACUUACAUAUUACUGUUAAGAAAACUAAACCUAUAUUAGGCAUUGCAAUUGAAGGCGGUGCUAACACAAAACAUCCAUUACCACGGAUCAUUAAUAUUCAUGAACACGGAGCGGCGUAUGAAGCAGGCGGAUUAGAGGUUGGCCAAUUAAUCCUAGAAGUAGAUGGCCAUAAAGUUGAGGGAAUGCAUCAUCAGGACGUUGCACGUUUGAUAGCCGAAUGUUUUGCAAAUCGUGAUAAAUCCGAUAUCACAUUUUUAGUUAUCGAAGCGAAAAAAUCAAAUUUAGAACCGAAACCAACAGCACUAAUAUUUUUAGAGGCCUAACAUUUACUUGCCCUGCCGGCUAGCGAUCCUGAUACACUGGAUCAAACACCUGAAGAAGGUAUCGAUUAUCGCCCACAAAGUUAUGUACCACAUCAAGAGUGAAAUAAUAAAAACAAAAAAAAAUUAAUAAAAAAAUUACAAAAAUAUUCACAAAGAACAACUGCUACAAGAAAAUGUUGUAUAUUGUUUUUAAAAAAGCAAACAAUACAUCAUCGUCAUCAUCAUCGUCGUCAUCAUGAUCGCGUUUGGACUAAUAUUAUUAUGUUAAUUUAAUCGAUUUAUUAUGGGAAAAGUAAGAGGAACAAACAAACAUUAAUUGCAGACAAAUGGAAACCAAUAUCAUUUAAUUUAGGUUUUUAUUUUCCUUUCUAAUUUUUGAUUUCACCGUCAUGUAAUCCUUCAAUUUGUUUAUAAUUAUAGUCUUUACUCACGUGAAUCUUUUUAGUGAUUUGUAAUGUUUACGAAACCAUUCAAAAUAUUUUGAAAAAGUAUAUUUUUUAUAGAAAUAAGCCUAUAUCAAUCAAGAAGCAAUAUUCUAUUCAUAUGAAAUUUAUUUAUAUGAACUCGAGGCACGUAGUCAGGGCCAUUUUCUUCGCUUCAGGGACUUUUUUUCAGAAUUUAUUCCUUUAUUUUUUAAUUUAAACAAGUCGUGAAGCCGAAAACCGGACUCUUCAGGUCUGAAAGGUUUUAGGUAUUUCUUAUAUAAAAAUAAUUGAGUGGACAUUUGUUCCAUUUGUACCUAGCACCUAAUGUAUAUGCAUAUUUUAUGUCAAUAUUCUUUUUAGGGUCAUACUGACAUUCAAGGUCUAAGAAUUUACACUGCAACGACAACUUUGACCUAUUAUGACUUUAGUAGUUGCAUUAAACUUGAUAGGAUCAUGCUUUAUAUGGUAGCCUAUACUACUACAAAAUUUCAUGAUUCUAAGAGAACUUAAAGUCAAGUCAAUACAGUUAAUUACUAAAAAUUAGAUGAGUGUACUAUUAUCCAUGCGGGUUAUUUCGGAGCCUAGGGACCGUAGCAGUUUCCUAUCCUUUAUGGAUUUUUCGGCUAGGUGGGUUCUGCGAAUGGGUCUUUCCAGCCCCUGCCCUACAUCUUUUCGCAUUAAAUGUCACAUUGAAAAAUACUAGUCGAGAGCUUUCAUUUGAUAUCCCACAUGACCAUAUUUCGUGAAAAGAAUGUAGACCCACCUUUUACAUGUGUGAAGAUCCUCCCUCAAGUUUCACAAGAACAAUGUAGCUCACUGUAUGUCUUCACGGUUCCCACCUUCCUACCAAAUUUGGUGUCAAUCGUUUCUAAGGAAAAUGUAUGUAACAGAAAGACAAACAGUAACCUGAUUUUAAUAAGGUUUUGUUUUACACAAAAUCUUAAAAAUGAAUUUAUCAAAUCUUAAAUCUUCAAAUUUUAGAAUUUAUAAGAUUUUUUGAAGCUUUUAUGGUUUAAUAUUCAAUAUAACUGGAUCCUUCUGGGUCACAGACGGAUUUCCCAACAUUAUCUUUAUGUCUGCGGCAGUAAUUGAGGCAAUGCCAUCUAUAGGAGGCUCCACAAAGGUAUUGCAUUUUCGGUAUCGUAGGAAUUUGAUUUCGUAGGUUCCUCCAUCAUCUUUCAUCUUGGUGAUUCGACCAACGUAGAAUUUGGAUUAGCUUCUAGUUUAGAAUUCUACUAAGACAUAAUCAUCUAAAACAGGAAGACGGAAUAAUUCUGCAAAGUGAUCAGGCUCAAAAACAAGCAAAUCCUCAUCCAUGUCCACAUCGUUGUCUGUGUCUAUAUAUUGAACAUCAUCAUCGUCAUCCCCGAAUGAGUAAGCGUCCCUUGUUGUGCAGAUCUUUUGUUCCUUGGUCCAAACAACUUCCUUCUGGCUGCCUUCUUCUUAGAAAGUAGAACUGGCUUGUUCUUUUCUGCAAUGGCGUUCAUUUCUGGAGUACUCGUAACUAUCAUACUCUUGCCUUUCCUUUUUCCUCGACGUUCAAUCUGUUUUUGGUUGUCCUGCUUUUAUGUAAUCACGAAAAUCUUCAGGAGAGAAGAAAGCUCCAUUUGGCCCAGCUCCUCGAUGAAGGGCACUGAUUUCUACAUGAUUUGAAACUACUCUUUCUUCUAAUUGUGGGAGGGAACCAUUGGGCGAUUCGCUUGGCACAAUAUAACAAUGUAUCUUGGAUGGUUGAUCAUCCAAAGUACCAUCAGUCACACAAUUACAAAAGAAGUUUGCUUCGGUAAAAACAUGUCAAUCAAAUAACUACAUCCAAUUUUUCUGGAUCCUGCAAUUAUAUUGGAAGGCGUCAUACUUUUCUAAUGAACUGUGUUCACGAAGGAUGCUUUAUUAUAAAUAGAUGCUGUUUUCCCAGGACUCAGGACUCCCAGCAUUCUCAACAAAAAUUGUUUUCACAGGGUUUUGCAUCAUCCAAGAGCCAAGAGCUUCAUUAUAAUAAAUCUUAAAAGGCACAAAAACCGAAACGCCAUUUUCCUUACAUAGCAUGAGAGGUUGCCUUUUUCUCCACUUGUAGCUUUGCACACCUCUUUGAUGCGUUUUUCAGCCACUAUUCGUUGGGGUUUUUGUGCAGUUGAUGUGACCGUUUCUUUUAAAUGGAACACCCUUGUCUCACCACCAAAUUCUGAAUGCUGUUUGCGCAUUACUUAAAUUAAGAUCUACGUUCUCUUUGGUGAAAGAGUAACACGAGACAAGCUGUAAGGCUCAAGGGUUCUUUGGGAGAGUUUGGAGUUGCCUUUUCAAAAAAUUAUAAAACCAAUCAAUGCCUACUACUUGCUUCUUUCCAAAUGGUGGGGGACAUGGUACUUUGUUCAUCACAACCAUUUCAUAUGCAACUCGCUGGCAAUCUUCUACUUGUAGGCCAUAAACAUUCUAGAACAUAUACUUAGGAAGUUUUUCAGUUUCUCCUCUUGCUCUGCUGUAAAAAUCAUCCUAAUUGGGUAAUAAGGCGCAUAAUUCACAUUCUCCUCACUACGUUCUUUCGUUAUUUUUUUCAGAUAUCUUGAUAACAUGUCAUGAUUCACAUUCUUUAGAACAGCAGCACGUUUCACGUUUCAACAGAGAGUCCCUUGCUGCUUUUCCACAUCCUCCAACAACUGGACACUGAAAAACACAUGGGGCUCAAUCAAAAGUUUCAGUAUACCCCGAAUACCUCUGUUUGAAGGAACACCUACAUGAACGUGAAGAGGUAUGGGCUAAAAUCUUAAGAGAUAUAUACUUGCACAAUGGAAUGUUAUAAGAGUCAAUUGAAUAAAAAUCUUAGUUUCACCAUACAAAACAGCACUUCACCUCGUCCUGUCACGCAACUAGCUGGCUUCGUUUGGGAUCACCUCAGCGCUCUUUCAAAGAAUCCCGUUGCACUAGACUUUCCAACAGACUGUAAAACUUCAGUUCCAUUAAACGCUAUGCAAAUUCAUCUCGAUUCAAAUGUGUUGUAGCUGGCAAGGUUCUGAUUGAGAUUCAACGUGGGUAGCCAAACUUGAAGUUUCUACGUUGCAAUACCACUGCUUCUUCUUCAAUGGCGCGACAAGGCCCUUGACCACCAUCUCGAUGAUUUGGUCGCAUCCUCCAGUUGCAAAAAUUUCAACAGCUUUUGACUGGAUCGUUUGCGUGGCUUUUUUACUGAGCCGCGUCCUUACGAUGUAUGUUGUCAAAAGUAAAGUCGCCCAUUGUCAAGUUGUGUCAUAUUGGCAUCUGUCUUCUUGAUUGGUUCAUAAAUUUUUUCCUAUAAUGAACGUGGCACGAAGUUUAUGUCGUCAGUGAAUCCCACUAUUUGCGAAUAUUUGUAGAGCAAUGUUCCCGUGGUACCUAACUUCAGUUUGCGGACAACAUAUUCAAAAGCUAGUUUAAGAAGCAUGAAAGCCAGUCCGUCUCCUUGCUGUAAUCCGCAGUUCGUUUCGCAGCAUUGCGUUAGCUCGCUAAGCACCUUUACAUGGGAUUCAGUCUUAAGUCGGUCAUUCGUACCAGUUUCUCCCGUAGGCGGAACCUGCGCAUGAUACGAUGUAGUAGUAGAUAGGAAGUCGGCGAUAAGCUGAUGCAAAUCGAUAUUGAACUCAUCUUUCAGCAGUUUUUUUACAGUAAAUAUUUAGCCCACCGUGGAUCGUCCUUUUCGAAAGCCACAUUGGUAUUCACCAAUUAAUUUGUCGGCACAUGGCUCAUUGAUCGGAUUUUCGUCAGGAUCUUGUAGAACGUACACAACAAUGAAAUGCCCAUGUAAGUGUCACAAGUAAGAUUGCCUCCUUUUUUCAGUAUAGGACAAAUUAACAUCUUGCUCCAGUCGCCAGGUAAUUUUUCAUUUGUCUAAAUUUUUAAGUUUAUGAAGAAGAUUAUCCAGGGAAUUUCCUCGCCCGUGUAAUAAUUCAGCUGGGAUACCAUCGAGUCCCGAGGGGGGUUGUUCAGUUUUUGAUAGCACAGGGCUGCUUUCACCUCUUUAAUAGAAGGAGGUUCGGCUGGUGUGUUGCCACAGCUCCGAGCACUCAGGCCAUUGUAAGGACCAUUGUACUAUCCCCGUAAUUCGCCUAUUCGCAAGCUUUAGCGAAUCUGAGGACAUUUUCCAGAGGCAAAGAGUGUGCAGAUUCUUCAUUGAAGAAAACCUUGCCAAGGUGUCUUCGUUUGAGAUCUGAGAAGGCGGGCAGCUGCAUAAAAAGUGGAGGGCCGUCUCCUCCUCUUCCUACCUCGUCAUAAGUUUCUUGUUUCCCCAUUAACCACUGCUAAUUAUCUGAUAGAUAGAUAAGCUUUGCACAGUGAAACUUUUAAGUUUUGUUCUCAAUGUGCGGUCAACUAGGCACGAUCCGAUAACCUCGUAAAAAUAAAAGGGAAGCAAUUUUUUGGUUUUGUACAACUUUCCUACUCACUCUAUCCAACGCAUAUGCUAUUUCUAGGAACACCACGAAAGAGCACUUUCCUUACCUAAUGCUCAACUUCUAUGUACCAAGAUUCUAAAGACUUGCUCCGUCGUACUAUGCUCUUCGUCGGGGUUCAUUUUGGAAAAUUCGGAAAAACAAAGGUGAACGUUUUAACUGAAGGACUUCACGUUUAUAUAGACUGUUAGUACUAGAUCCUUAUCACUUUUGGGGAUCAUCGUGGCUAGCAAUGGUUUCCAAUUCAGCGGGAAGUGUCCAAGUUGAAUAACCGAAUUAUAUAUUUAUAACGAUUGACAGUAUCUCUAUGACUAUAUUCCUGGUGGAGAGAAUGGAUUCUCAUGGGAUACCGAACAGAGCUGGUGUGUGGUGAGAAGAGCUGUCACUUUAACCGACCAUCAAAGAAGCUAAGAAUUAACUCGCUGAGGCGCUGUUGAAGACAGUAGUUAGCUUAUCAUCGAGUUCGGGUCGACAUAAGGUCUCAAAGGUUUUUUUUUAAUCAAAAAUAUAGACUAUUAUAAAUACCUCACCAUUAACCCUGAACAAAAUGCCAAUUUCUUAGAAUUAAUGGGUCGUUUUCAAUCAAAUGAUCUGAUCGGUUGACUAACUAGAAAUUUGGAAUAGCAUUGCUGCUAUUCUAUAAUAAUUAACCAUUAGUUCAACAAUCCGUUCGUCUAUUAUCUGCCAGAAAGAAAAGGAUGCUUAUCCUUUUUUGGGGCAGGUGCAACAUCAACACACUACGUCUUAAGCGCGAGGGGAGAAGCGAUUGGUGAUGAUUAAGAAUGACUGGGAUAUUGUCAAGCCUGACCUUAUUCUGACUCUGCUUAUGGAGUUGGAUUGUAAGGCAUAGCUGCUGAGUCUGGCUGGGAAAAUUGGAAAUUUCAAGUUGACUGGCUAUUUAAGUACAUAACUACAGCCUUUGAUCAAACAUGUAUUAUGCAGGAUGGUGUGGUGGGUUUUUAAGAAAUAGGUAACAAGGAUGUUUACUUUUUCUGAAGGUAAUGUGUUUGAAGCAGUCCACUUAGUAGUUUUGCAAAUGCCAAUUCAUAGGUAGAUACUCCGAAGCUCCCUUUAUGUAUUUGAACUAAGUUCAAUAUUGAAGAGGUGAUUAUAAAAGUGUUGAGGAUAAGAAUCUUUGCACGAAUCGUUCCUCAGAAAGGAAUGUCCAAUAGCAUAUUAUCCGGAUGACAAAGAGGUUGUGGAAGUCCAGAAAGGAAAAGGUGUUUGAGUUUGAACCGGGCUGAAAUGGGAGAUCAUAUUUGCUGACUAAUACUCUGGAACCACAAUUUCUCAGGUUGGGGAUAAUUUCGCACAGAUGGUGGUGGGGUCAUUUGGAUCAAAUGAUUAGAUGGAGCUUGAGCUGGUUUGUAGUGAAACUACAGGAAUCGCAAGGGAUUUUGGGAGCAUCAGCGCGUAAAAAGAGUUAUGUGGCAAGGAAUUUUUAAGAGACGUAUAUGUUGUAAAACAUGCGACUAUUUGGUUUAGAUGUUGUCUUUCCGUUCAGGAAAUGAAGAAUUGUCGGUAGUGCAACUGGUUUUACACAGUAUUACAUCUUUAUGGGUUAUAUUCCCCGAGAAACAAUGCGAACUAUUGCCUACGGGUUUGAUGGACUAAAGAGCUAAUAUUUUACGCAAUGAUGAUUGUAAUAAUACGAUUAUUGUAUUGGAUAUAGUUACGAAUUGCCGUUAUGUCCGGGAUGGCUUGAUUAAGAGGGCCCUGAAAGAAAUUCAGUUGUCGAUGCAGAGGGCAUAGGCGAAAGGUAACGUCGGUCUAGGGCAAGAAGUUGUAUGAACAUGUUUGAUUAAGAAAUUACGAUAAGGCUUUGGGCAUUCCUACUCGCGACAUCUUUUCUUUUUUUUGUUUUUUGCCAAUGUCCGAGUGGUCAAUUUUGUUAGAGAGAAAAUUCACGGCGAGAUUCGCAGGACAAGCUGGGAAUGAGCUGACAAUACCUGCUCAAACUUCCUAAUCCUGAAGAAGCAAAAACGCUAAUUUUCACUGACAUCAGAUCAGUUAAAGAUGCCAAAUGCCACACAUUUCAACUUGGUUACAUUUUUCCCAGCAUAUUCGUAUGACCUUCCCCAAGUAUCAUCUGGAUAUCGCCUGAUGAUACGCUUUCAGUUACUGUCCGUCGACUGAGCAAGCCACUUUCAAUUCAUAAAAUAUAGCUUUAGUUGACCACAUUUAUUUGGUAACGUGGACGUAUUUACUGAACGUCCCUAUUAACCAACGAACUAUACACCGUUUCGCCGCCGCUUAAAACAGCAAUGAUUCAUAGGACUCACCCAUCUACCUGAUGAUCUUCGGCGAUAACUGGUAGUUCGCCCCAGCCAGCCCAAUGACAACAAUUCGUAAAUACCCAUGUCGUAUCGGUUCGUAUUUAUCCCUUUCACCCUCACCUAUAUUCCGCAAGUCAACUGAAGGAUCAACUGAGACUAUAGUCGACUACACCCAACCAAUAUCAGUCCUCCACAUAAAUUCAUUAGCCAUUGAUGAACUGUUGGUGGAAUUCGUAUAAGUAUCACUUAGCACCUGGGUUCCCAGCAGUUUUGAUGGUCACCUUUAUGUAAAUCAGUUCGACGCCUUCAUGGAAACCAAAGUUUGCCAAUCUUCCAGUAAGACAGAGAACGCAUUUAAGUCAAACCUAAAAACCACGAAGUUACACCAUUUAAAUUUUAAAUGUGUGGCUUUAAAUUGGCAUUAAACACGCUGUUUACAUUUUAUCCAACAUAUAACCCAAAAGCACCCCUAUGUUAAAUGAGAAACACACAAACCAUCACAGUACCACCAUUAACAAAAAUGGUGGCAAUGGUGCCACGAAAAACCCAAAAAGCGACAGGAAGACUAGAUAAUCCAUAAAUGUGUAUGAGACAAGCCCUGCAGUAUCCACCUCCGUCAUAGCCUGGAGACGGUUUCGACCACUUUGCGCCCUUGAUUUGGUUUCUCCUGCAAAGAACACCUAGUUAUUUUCAUUCCUUUUCUUCCUGCGGCAUUUCUGAUCCAUAUUAUCUCAAAUCCGUAAUCGCGCGAUUUCAUUCCCCAAUCUUUACUUAACAUAUUUAUGAUAAAAUUACCUUUUAUCUCAUUUUCUUGUUUAAAUGAUUAAUAAAAAUUUCUUGAAGUUAUUUUUAUUAUUCACAUUUUGAGUCCUAGUCAUUUCAUUGCUGCCAGCUUUAUGGCCAACUGGAUUUACAGUUAAGACUUUGCCUCCAAAAUAAUCUUACAUGGGCGCUCCAUAAAAAUAGGCUUCCCAAAACCAACUUGGAAGUAAACUGUUGAAGGGGAUUAGCGCUUCGCGAAAAAGGAGAUAUGUUUAAUUUAGUGUCUGUGAACUAGUUAGAGAAUUUUCAAUACAACCUCUCCGGAAGUUUAUUUAUUGUUAGACUUAUACUAUAUUUUAUGCUUACUGUUUGAUAUAAAAAUAAUUCUUUCCUUCCUAAUGGCCUGAGAUAUUUAAUUCAUUCACACCCUCUAUGUGUAAUGUCAAAAUACCCGCCCCACUUUCAACCAUAGUUAGGGUCAUCACUAUCAUAUCUAAAUUAGUGAAGUUAUAAGAUAAUGAUGUAUGCAAAUACAUUUUCUUUAAAACAAUCCUUUACCUUUUUAAAUCCAACAUAUCAAGAAUGUUCCAUCAAUCAUCAGUACUUGUUUCUCUGCUAACUCCACAUAUUCACACGUAAGGCAUUUCUUUUAAUCGUAAUCUCAUCAAUUUCAUUCUCAACUGUUGAAUGUCUGUCUUUCUGUCUAAUUCACCUUUACGUUCUCUGAUUGCAUAACAUGCACACAUACCUGAAAGUAAUUAAAAAAAUGUCUAAGCAGAUUGAUUAUAUCUAAAAGAUAAUUGCCAAGAUUUCGUAAGAGCCAAUCGAAUUGGAAAUAUCUUAUUUAGCUUUUACUAGGACAGUUAUGCAAACGCAUUGAGUUAAAAUAUAAAAUGAAAAUAUGAAGAAAAAUACCAACAACAUGAAUAAAUGCCAUCAACUAUGAUAUGAUAACAUAACAACUUAUUAGGUUUCAAGAUGCCGCUAGGUAUUAUUAUAUAUUUUGGUUUCUUGGAAAGUACGUUUGAAAACAUUUGUUUUUUAAUGUAAAGAAAUAUAGUUAAAAAUUGAAGCCACAAUUCGUUUGGUCUUAUUUUUUAAAUAUUCUUUCUGGAAGUUAUAGUUUUUUAGGGACAUUUCUGUAUCUCCAUUAGAUCAGGUGUUUGACUACUAGACUCGAGUUCACUGUCGAAGUUCAUAACUAAACUUAAACCCGUUACUUUUGAAGUUAAAAACCAAAAGAAAAUGAAAUUCACUGCCGUUGUUACUAACCUAGAUAAAUAUUUUUUCUUGAAAAUGAUUUGUAAUUCUUUUAAACCGAAAUUUUCGAGUAAAGUAUUUAUAAUUUGAUAUUAAUUCUAACUAUAUCUAUCACUAUAUAGUAGAUCUCUACUUGUAUAAGAAUAAUUUUUAAAAGGAAGGUUUGGUAAUAAGAAACAAUAUAAAUAUCAUUUAACCCAAAAUUCAAAUCGAUAAAAUCCUUAAUUUAAAUUUUCUAUCCAAAUUUCUAACUCUAAUCCACAUGAAUAACACUAUCCCAAACUAUACUAGAAAAGAAAAUAGUAACACUGAACUGAACAUACAAAGAAAUGUAAUAUUAUAAAUAUAGAUUAUCAACGAAAAUUGCAACAAAGAAUAGUAAAAGCUAUUUGAAUACUGUAGAGCUGUAAUAUAGACAAACAAACUAGCCCCCUUGCCCAAGAGUAAUAGUUGAACAUCCUUGCUAACUCUUCUAAAAAGAAGGUGAAGAAAAAACAUAAUAGUCAAACAAAACUACCUAGUUGUCAACUCAGUGUGUAGAAAGUGUACCCAAUAUGGCUUUGGAACAAUAAGUAGUGAUUAUUUUCAAAAACAAAAAUAAGUGAAAAACGAAAAUACCAAGCAAAUACGUAAAGCAAUCUUUUCAACCUUCCCUUCUUCGCGUUUCCGUUAUUUUACAAUUAUUACUACAUACUAACAUUAAAUACAUUACACGUAAUACAUAAAAAAUAGAAUAGGCUUUUACUAAUUAUUUAGUUUACAGUUUGUUUAUGAAAAUGUUUAAGUACAAAAAUUUGAAUGCUUAUUAUUGACAUAAGAUUAAUUCUGAAUGAAUAGCUGCGUAGAUUUUAAUUGAAAAUAUAAAAUAACGUUAUUGUUAGAUAGGGAGUUCAUUUAUGAUAAUUCAAUUUUAAAUUAAAAUGUUUCAAAAAUAUAUGAGUCAAGUUUUUAUACAAUUCAACCCGAAGUUGCUACAGAAUAUUCUCUUUAAGAAACAAUGUUUAAUCGUUUGGCAAAAUUAGGUUUAAAUUAAAAUUAUUUAGUCGUUUCGAUACUAUUCAUGGCAUUUAGUAUAAAAUAAUAUGAAAACUCAAACUUUUUUAAUUUAAGAUGCACCGCAGACUAUAGUAGAUCGCAGAACUCCGGAUUAUCAAGGUGAAUUACUUUUAUUAUAUGCACAUGUACUUAAAUUAUGGCCCCUUGAUAUCAUUUUUGUAAGACACAUAUACUAUGCUGUGCUAAAAUACGACUUCAGGUUGAUUUGUAUAAAAUUUUACUCAUUAGUAUUAUAAAAGCAAUUAAUGAUUAUAUAAUAAUUUAAAACAAAAAUCAUAAUAUUUAAUUGGUACCUAUGACUAAUAUUAGCAUAUUUUUCCUACAUUUAAUUCGAAAUUCAACAAUAAUUCAGAAGCAAUUCAUUAUAACUAUGUGUGCGGAUAAAAGUAUGAAGUUUACAAUAACUAAAUUCAACAACACCAGCCUAAAUUGAUAUGGUUUACAUUAUUUCCACUCAGCCGGAAACCAAAAGCAAACUAAAAAAAUCUAGCUUGAAUGAAAUUUUUCGAUACUUUUCUCAUGCAUUUAAGGCAAAGUAUGAUUUUAUUCUAGCCGACAGGGUGUCAAUGAAGUAUUUAAUAAUAACAAAAACAAAACUUAAAUCUAGCUUCAACAAAAAAAAAAACCUAAAACACAUUCGAAACAAAAGAAAAAACCAAAGAUUGUGUAUUUUCAAAAUACAAUAAACAAAACUGAGGCAUAACACCUUAUUGAUAUGCAUUCUUAAUUUUUUCGUUU